UCUCUGCCCAGUGCCCAGUGCAUGGACACAGUGCCAUCGGUCGCAUGUGGCCUCCACGGCUCGCCAUGACGCUGGCACGUCGCAUGCGUCCGUUCCGGGCACCGUGGCAUGUGUCCGGUGGCGGAGGUCAGGCUGCCCGGUGGAGGUCAGGGCAUGGGAGGCGGUCGAGGCUGGAAGCCUUGGAAGCGCUGGUGGAGCUGGAUGGGCUGCUUGAGGAUGAGCUCAUCGAAAAGGAGAUCCAUGCGAUUCAGCUCCAGCGGCUGCUGCACGAGGCCGGCGUCGCCUCCCGAGAGGAGCUGCACUCCGAGAGGCAGGUGGACGCGGUGGCUGAAGAACUCCCAGUGGUGAAAGCUCCGAGGCCCUCUGCAGAGCGGGAGGCGGAGCUCCGGGAGCAACUGCGCGAGUUGGACGAGCUUUUGGAGGAUGAGCUGAUCGAAGAGGAGGUGCAUGCUGAGCAGCAGAGGCGCUUGCAGCACUUGCUCGCGGAACUGGAGGAGCCCAGCGACGGACCAGUUUGAGGUUUGCAAGUUGACAGCUACGAGAACUGGGGCUCCCAUGUGCGCACGGCAAUGAAGGUAGCUGACACUUUGACAAAUCUGAGAAUGGGAUUCCAAGAUUUGCAUGACAUUAGUUCUUUGUUGCCUACUUGGCCAGCAAAUGGCCGGAGAUG